UCUCUUUCUAUGUUCUUCCCUCUUCUCUCUCUUUCUCUCCGUUCUCCACCAUUUCUGUUUCCAGCUUAGCUUGAUUUGGUCUAUUCCAGUUCUUGAAGACCAAGAGAAAGGAAGGAACAAAUCAUACUUCCAUUAUCGUGAUUCUCGAUCCUCAUCGUUAUCUUCCGGCUACAUUCUUCGCGAUUUGCCUACCACUCAUACUGUUAACUCUUCAAUUCUCUGUAAUACAGAUUCACUCAUUCAUAACAGGAACAACAAUUACGGUCCUUCUUAAUCUCAUGAAGACCAUUAUAGAGGAAUUGAUUUAUCAUUUGAAAGAGAGAGAAAAUGAUGAAUAUUCUUGGUGGUGGUCGGAUCCCUCGCAUUUACUAGGAUUCCAAAGGAGAAAGAAAGAAAGAAAGAAAGAAUUGCAACGGAUUAAAGCUUUUUCUCAUCUGAGUUGGGUUUUAGCUGAUUUCAGUUAUCAAUGGGGCUUCUCCAUAGAAGAAGUCUCACUAUCAUACUCUCGAUGUGGAUCUUGUGGUUACCGAAUCUGAAAGCUCAACCGCCAGGAUCCUAUUCUACUGCUCAAAAGAACCUAGAUGCAAUUCUCCAGGACUAUGCAUAUCGUGCAUUUGUUAAUCCAAGAACUGGCAUUCCAUUCGAUGGGUCUGUUCCAUCAAACCUAACCGGGAUUACAAUUUCAGCAAUGAGGCUUAGAAGUGGUAGCCUAAGGAGUAGAGGAGUAAAGACAUACAAAGAGUUUGAAAUUCCAAAGGGUGUUAUCGUGCAGCCAUAUGUAGAAAGGCUAGUAUUAGUUUACCAAAACCUAGCCAAUUUCUCUGCAUCAUACUAUUCAAUAUCUGGCUACACUCAGUUAGCUCCUGUACUUGGUCUCCUUGCUUACGAUGCUUCAAACUUGUCUGCUACGAAUUUGCCUGAAUUGUUUAUUAAUGCUUCUAAACAGCCUAUAUCGAUAAGAUUUCAGAAAAUCGAUUCAGUUCCUGAUGGAUCUGUUGCAAUGUGUGCUUGGUUUGAUUUGCAAGGUGGGGUUAAUUUCAGUCAUGUUGAAUCAGACAACACAUGUUUGACAUCUCAACAGGGUCAUUUCUCUAUUGUGGCUAACUUUACUGCAGCACCACCACCACAAAGAAAAGGGGAAAAGAAAAGUAGUUCUAAAACAUGGAUAAUUGUUGGGUCUGUGGUGGGUGGUUUGGCAUUGAUUCUUUUGUUGGUUUUGGUGGCAAUUUGUAUUGGAAGAUAUAUGAGGAAUAAGAAAAUGAAAAGAAUGGAAAGAGCAGCUGAGGUAGGAGAAGCAUUGAAUAUGACUUCAAUUGGGAAUGUGAGAGCUCCAUCUGCAAUGAGUACAAGAACCCAACCUAUGAUUGAACAUGAUUAUAUUCCUUAAGCUGAUCCUGCUCCUCUUCCUCCCUGCCCUGCCUGCCAUUGAUCUACAUGAUUAGGUAAUUCUUUCACACACCAAUUUUUGUUUUUCUGCAUUGAUGUUGUUAUUGUUCUUGGUAUAGUUCCCAAUUGAGUGCAAGUUCUAUAUACUGUGUUAGAGUGUAAAUGAAAUUCAAUGUUUUUUUCUUACAUUACAUAAUGGUGUGAAGAAAAUUGCUGUCCAAUUAGACAGAUUAUAUUUUCAUGAGAAUCUCACUACAGAUCUCUUGUAAAUCUCUUUGAUUUUCUUAA